AUAGGCGUCAGCAAGAGGAGCUGCUUCUGUUGCGACCUCCUCGCCAAACUCAUCGCGGAGCGUGAAUCCGCGGACCUCCAGUUCGUCCUCCCGGGCACGCAUUCGACUAUCUACCCUUGGUACCCUCCACCCGGGCUUCCGAUCGACAUGCUGCAGACUAUCAAGGACCGCUUGAUUGAGUCGAUGAAGAAGGUGCUGGAAACUGCCAUCGACAUCGAAGCCAGCUCGACUCAAACGACACCGUUGCAUUCUAACGUUUUAUUGCCCGGGCGGCCUAUGGUGAUGGAAGAUUAUCUGUCUGAGAUCAGCAGUUAG